AGUUCCAAUGAGCUCCUUCAUCAUGGAUGAAGAGACGCUCAAGAGGAAGCAGAGGGAGAAACUGAAGAAGCUCCAGGCCACAGGUGGAAACCCGCGACCCGCACGAUCCCUCCUCUUCCUCACGCUGAAGAACCCCUUCCGCAAGGCCUGCAUCAACAUCGUAGAGUGGAAACCGUUUGAAAUCAUCAUCCUGCUCACCAUCUUUGCAAACUGUGUAGCUCUGGCCGUUUUCAUGCCCAUGCCUGAGGAAGAUACGAAUAACACCAACAGCAACCUAGAGAGUCUCGAGUACAUUUUUCUCAUCAUUUUCACUAUGGAAUGUUUCCUGAAGAUCGUAGCGUAUGGAUUUCUCUUUCACGCCGAUGCUUACUUACGGAACUGCUGGAAUAUUUUAGAUUUUGUGAUUGUGACAAUGGGGUUAUUCACCGUCGUGGUGGACUUCAUCAAUAACAUUAGUGGCGUGGAGGCGCCGGUGGAACAGAAAGGCGGGUUUGACAUGAAAGCCCUCAGAGCAUUUAGAGUUCUGCGGCCCCUGAGGCUCGUCUCUGGAGUCCCCAGCCUGCAGGUAGUGAUGAGCUCCAUUCUCAAGUCCAUGUUGCCCCUGUUCCACAUCUCUCUGUUGGUCUUCUUCAUGGUCACCAUCUAUGCCAUCAUAGGCCUGGAGCUUUUCAAAUGCAAAAUGCAUAAAACCUGUUACUACGUUGGCACAAAUAUCAUCGCCACUGGGGAUGAUGAGCAGGCGGCUCCAUGUGCUCAGGCCGGUAACGGCAGGCGUUGCACUCUGAAUGGAACUGAGUGUCGCGGAGGUUGGCCCGGUCCAAAUAACGGCAUCACCCACUUUGACAAUCUGGGAUUCUCCAUGCUCACUGUAUACCAGUGUAUCACCACUCAAGGCUGGACAGAUGUUCUGUACUGGGUAAAUGACGCAAUCGGAAUGGAGUGGCCCUGGCUGUAUUUUGUGACUCUGAUUCUCUUGGGCUCAUUCUUCAUCUUGAAUUUGGUUCUGGGGGUUCUGUGUGGUGAGUUUACUAAGGAGAGAGAGAAGAGUUCUCGAAGCGGAGAGUAUCAGAAACUGAGAGAGCGUCAGCAGUUGGAUGAGGAUCUGAAGGGAUACAUGGAGUGGAUCACACAGGCAGAGGUCAUGGACAAUGACCAGGAGGGGCAAGGCCUGCUUCCACUACAGGAUGGAUCUGACACAGAAACACUCUAUGAGCUGGAAGCACUGAACAAAAUCAUGUAUUAUGUUCGACAUGCUCGUCGCUGGAACCGUUUUUUUAGGAGGAAGUGUCGUGUAUGGGUUAAGUCCAGGUUGUUCCACUGGCUGGUGAUUCUGCUUGUGUUCUUCAACACUCUAGCAAUUUCAACCGAGCACCACGGUCAGACCGAGUCUCUCACCAACUUCCAAGACAAUACCAAUAAAGUGCUGCUGUCUCUGUUUGCGGUGGAGAUGUUUAUGAAGAUGUACGCGAUGGGGCUGCCGUCGUACUUCAUGUCCCUCUUCAACCGUUUUGACUGCUUUGUGGUGUCUGUGGGAAUCCUUGAGCUCAUUCUCGUACGCAUGGAUGUUAUGUCUGUAAUGGGGAUCUCCAUAUUGCGUUGCAUUCGGCUGCUGCGUCUUUUCAAAGUAACCCGGUAUGUGAUUCUUGACAUCACCAUGAAGAACUACAGUAAGUAUGCACAUCUGCGCCAGAAUUUACUGAAACUGUGCAUGAUUUUCAGGUACUGGACCUCACUCAACAAUCUUGUGGCAUCCCUCUUGAACUCUGUGCGUUCCAUUGCCUCCCUGCUGCUGCUCCUCUUCCUCUUCAUUGUCAUCUUCGCUCUGCUUGGAAUGCAGGUUUUUGGAGGAAAGUUUAAUUUUCCAGAUGAUCAUGUGAGGCGAAGCAACUUUGACAAUUUUCCUCAGGCUCUGAUCACAGUUUUCCAGAUCCUGACAGGUGAAGGCUGGAACUACGUCAUGUAUGAUGGCAUUAUGGCUCAUGGAGGUCCCGCCAUGCCUGGAAUCCUGGUCAGCAUUUACUUCAUUAUCCUGUUCAUCUGUGGAAACUACAUCCUAUUGAACGUCUUCCUGGCAAUUGCGGUGGAUAACCUGGCUGAAGCAGAGAGCCUCACCUCUGCCCAGAAAGAGAAAGCAGAGGAGAAAAAGCGGAAAAGACUUCUUAGAGAAAACCUACCUGAUAAGGCAGAGGAAGAAAAGGCCAUGCUGGCAAAGAAACUAGCUGAGCAGAGAGCCAAGAUUGACGGAAUUCCCACCACAGCCAAGCUCAAAGUGGAUGAAUUUGAAUCAAAUGUAAAUGAGAUUAAAGAUCCAUUUCCUCCAGCUGAUUUUCCAGGUGACGAUGAGGAGGAGGAGCCAGAGAUUCCCCUCAGUCCUCGGCCUCGACCAAUGGCAGACCUGCAGCUGAAGGAGACAGUGGUGCCCAUGCCAGAGGCCAGUUCCUUCUUCAUCUUUGGCCCACAGAACAAGUUCCGCAAACUCUGCCAUCGCAUCAUCAAUGCUACAACCUUCACCAAUAUCAUCCUCCUCUUUAUCCUGCUUAGCAGUAUCUCAUUGGCUGCAGAGGACCCCAUCGACCCAAUGUCCUUCAGGAACCAGGUCCUGGCCUAUGCUGAUUAUGUCUUCACUUCGGUUUUUACCGCAGAGAUUGUGCUGAAGAUGACCACCUAUGGUGCCUUCUUACACAAGGGGUCUUUCUGCCGUAAUUCCUUCAACAUCCUGGACCUGAUUGUUGUUGGUGUCUCCCUGCUGUCCAUGGGAAUGGAAUCAAGUGCCAUAUCGGUGGUAAAAAUUCUCAGGGUCUUGAGAGUGCUGAGACCUUUAAGAGCCAUAAAUCGAGCUAAAGGUCUCAAACAUGUGGUCCAAUGUGUGUUCGUGGCCAUUAAAACCAUUGGCAACAUCGUUUUAGUCACGAUGCUCUUGGAUUUCAUGUUUGCCUGCAUUGGUGUUCAGCUUUUCAAGGGGAAAUUUUUUUUCUGCACAGAUCCGCUCAAAAUGACAGCAGAACAAUGCAAGGGAACGUUUAUACAACACCAGGAACAUGCUCUGCAUGACAUGGUGCUCCGUCAACGUAUGUGGAUGAACAGUGACUUAAACUUUGACAAUGUUCUGAAUGGCAUGCUGGCUCUCUUCACCGUGUCAACAUUUGAGGGCUGGCCAGACUUGUUGUAUAAAGCCAUCGACUCGAAUUUGGAAAACGUUGGCCCAAUUUACAACAACCGCACUGAGAUUUCCAUCUUCUUCAUCGUUUACCUCAUCCUCAUCGCCUUCUUCAUGAUGAACAUCUUUGUGGGCUUCGUAAUUGUCACCUUCCAGGAACAGGGCGAGCAGGAGUACAAAAACUGCGAGCUGGACAAAAACCAGCGUCAGUGUGUCCAGUACGCCCUGAAGGCCCGACCUCUGAGAUGCUAUAUCCCUAAGAACCCGCGUCAGUAUCAGGUGUGGUACAUCGUCACUUCCUGUUACUUCGAGUACCUGAUGUUUCUCCUCAUCAUGCUCAACACCAUGUGCCUGGGGAUGCAGCACUGUAAUCAGUCCGAUCACAUAACCCAUCUUUCAGACAUGCUGAACGUCAUCUUCACUGUAUUGUUUACAGUUGAAAUGAUUCUCAAACUUGGUGCCUUCAAAGCAAAGGGUUACUUUGGGGAUCCCUGGAACGUCUUUGAUUUCAUAAUCGUGGUGGGCAGUAUUGUUGAUGUCAUACUAAGUGAAAUUGACGCGGCUCUCGCUGCUCAGGGUGGACUGUAUUGUCUCACUGGCUGUUCUGAAGUGAAUCCAAUGCAAGCCAUAGCAGACUCCGAGAAUAUGAGUGUGUCAAUAACGCUCUUCCGUCUUUUCCGUGUCAUGCGUCUGGUCAAACUACUCAACCGUUUUGAGGGCAUUCGCAACCUGCUGUGGACCUUCAUCAAAUCAUUCCAGGCUUUGCCAUAUGUGGCUCUCCUCAUCGUUAUGCUGUUCUUCAUCUAUGCAGUCAUCGGCAUGCAGGUGUUUGGCAAAAUCGCACUAAUAGAUGGAACUGUGAUCAACCGUAACAACAACUUCCAGACGUUUCCUCAAGCUGUUCUACUUCUAUUCAGGAGUGCCACAGGCGAGGGGUGGCAGGAGAUCAUGUUGGGCUGUUUGUAUGGACAACGUUGUGACCCCAAGUCAGAAUACCUUCCUGGAGAGGAGUACACCUGUGGUUCUGGAUUUGCUAUUCUCUAUUUCAUGAGCUUUUACAUGCUCUGUGCUUUUCUUAUCAUUAACUUGUUUGUUGCCGUGAUCAUGGACAACUUUGACUAUCUGACUCGUGAUUGGUCGAUACUUGGGCCACAUCAUUUAGACGAGUUUAAAAAGAUCUGGGCUGAAUACGACCCUGAGGCAACGGGGCGCAUUAAACACCUGGAUGUUGUGACGCUGCUGAGGAGAAUCCAGCCACCUCUUGGGUUUGGAAAGUUCUGUCCUCAUCUUGUUGCCUGCAAGAGGCUGAUUUCCAUGAACAUGCCUCUGAACAGUGAUGGAACUGUAACAUUUAAUGCCACGCUGUUUGCUUUGGUCAGAACGGCACUGAAAAUUAAAACUGAAGGUAAUUUUGAACAGGCCAAUGAAGAGCUGCGUGCAAUUAUUAAGAAGAUUUGGAAACGCACCAGUAUGAAACUGCUUGACCAGGUUAUUCCACCAAUCGGAGAUGAUGAGGUAACAGUGGGGAAGUUUUACGCCACGUUCCUAAUCCAGGACCACUUUAGGAAGUUCAUGAAGCGUCAGGAGGAAUAUUACGGAUACCGACCCAACAAGAAAAACAAAAACACCACAGAGAUACAGGCGGGUCUGAGGAGCAUUGAGGAGGAAGCCGCGCCUGAGCUUCAGCGGGCCAUUUCUGGAGAUCUUCUGAACGACGAGGAGAUGGACCGAGCUAUGGAGGAGGCCGGAGAGGAGGGAAUCUACAGACGAGCGGGCGGCCUGUUUGGAAACCAUGUGGAUCCAUUCACAAUGGAAAGAGGAACCCCGAUGCCCACCCAGGUGACCAGCCAGCGCCCCCUACAGAUCGCAGACAGCAGAGCGGAGGAGAUGGAGGCCUCGGCCGCAUAUGUUCAUUACCACGCUAACACCAAUACCAACAAUAACACAACCAGACAGAGUAGACGUGAACUCCAUUUCCCAUCAUGCAUCAGUGCAUCCAAACAGUAUGGUCCAGUGAGUGCAGCUGAGUUUCUCAUCCAAGAGGCUUUGACCGCUGGAGGUUUGGAGAGUCUGGCCAGCGACUGGCAUUUCACGUCUGUGACGAAGGCUGAGAUGGCCGAGGCCCUUCACAUGGACCUUGCUGUGCUGGAAAGGAAAUCAGCAGCGGUUCUUAAUAAACGUAAAGGACAGUGUGUGUCCAGGAAGAGGAAGAUGCCAACGUGUCGGCCAGACUUUGCACAAUGCCAGGUGUAACGAUCAUCAGAGGCGUCUGGUAGAGCGGAAUUAAGGCUAAGCCAAAGAGAAGACAUAUGUCAUCAUCAACUCUGAUAUAACUGUGAGGACUGUUUUAUCCGCCAGAACUGCAGAAGUGUUCAGACAUAGCCAUAAAAAUAAAUAAAUGAAUAAUAAAUACAUAAAAGGACUGAAAAUGGGUUGAACAUAUAAAUAUAUAUAUAUAUAUAUGUAUAUGUAUAAAUUAAAUAUAACAAUAUUUACCAAGUAAACUCUUCUGAAAAGUGAGUUUUCUAAGGUUAUUUUACUUUUUUUGUGCAAUAAAAACUGUGAGUAAACUUGUAUGUGAAUAUAACAGCUUUUCCCAUUAUGACAUAGCAAAGAAUGAACAUUGUUUAACACAAAACGAUCAACCUACCUGUUUUUCAUAACGUGUAUUUGCUUGUUAUUAAAG